AGAUUAAGAAUUGAAUAUUUCAAGUGGUGCGAGGCCCCCCUUUCCUCUCUCUGCCUCACUACUUGUGUCGCUCGCUCCGCUUUUCGGAGACUACAAAUUCACAGCCUGACCCUCACUUAUCUUUCAUGUUCCAUCUCUUCUCUUAUUUCCUUCUCCUUAUUUUUCUCUCCCGAUAACCAAAAAUCUCUUCUACUUCAACAUCAAACCUUGACUCCUCUGCUUUCCUCUGUUUUUGCUCUGCCUCCAUAUACUUCUGUGGAGGAGUUCUUUUACUGCUGCUUCUUUUUAUUUUAUUUUAUUUCUUUGAUUUUGAUUUCUAAUAUUGUGUAUUACGUAAAUUGUUUAUUACAAUGGCAACUGUAGUUUAUCAAGGUUUACAAUCUUGUCUUGAAUCUCAACUUGUAGAGUCAAGAACAUUGAGGCUUAGAUUAUCUUCACCUAAACCUCAAUUCUAUGAAUCUCUUGAAUUAGCCUUAAAAACUUGUUCUUUAGAGUCUAACACCAAAGAACUUAGUGAAAAGCGCCAUGAAGAAGAAAAACAUAAAUCUGAUAUGGGUGGGUGGAGCUUUCUCCAAGUUUUAUCAGACACUAGUGUAAGUAAAAAAGAACCAUUAAUGGAGAAAGAGAAGAAUACAUAUGUCCAUCCUCUAAUGAAGCGUUACCCAUCAACGCUUAGUGAGAAGAGCUUGGAAUUAUGUACCGAAAAUUUGGGAAGUGAAAGUGGUACUGAUAUUGUUGAUGACAGCAUUUUCUCAUUGUCUUCUUCGCUGGAGUCAGAAGAAGAAGAAGCAAUAGUAAAUUGUCAAACAAGGGAGCAACAAAAUCCUCAUCAACUUUUGGGAGCUAAGAAAGCGAAUUCUCGUAGUUUUCCGCCUCCCUUGACAACGAUGAGUGGAUCGGAAUUUCUUCGAGUUAGGUCCCACCGGGAAGAUGGAAGGUUAAUAAUCAAGGCUGUGAAGGCCCCAUUACCACCAGCUUAUUUCCAAGCUGAAAGAAGCCAUGGCCGCCUUCGACUAAGUUUUGUCAAAGAUGCUGCGUCUAAAUUUGACUCUUUUGGAGAAGUAGCUUCAGCUUCCAAAGAAGAAAAUAGGCAGACAGAAAAUGACGUGAAUUAUGAUGAAGAAGAAGAAAUGGAAGAGGAAUUUGAAGAAGAAGAAGAAGAAGAAGAAGAGGAGGAAUUUGAAACAGAGGAAGGAAAUGUUUCCUUCUGUGAUGGAAAAGAAGGGGUGGAAGGAAAUCAUUUGACAAAUGUUGUUGGGGCUGAAAUGGGAAGGCCAAGCAGGUGCAAAGAAGGUGAAGUAGUACUAGACAAUAAUAAAGGAUUGUUAAAUUGGGAGACUUUUUGGGUGGCUACUUCUUAAAGUUUUAUUUUGGAUCUCUCUUUUUUUUCUCUAUUACUAGAAUCAAUUUUUACAAUUCUUGGUU